CCUGGCGGCCGGCCAGGUCCCGUCGGGCGCCGCGCGGGGUCAGCAGGGUCAGGCGCACGCAGCUCCGCGGCCCCGGCGGGCACAGGGCAGGAUGUACACGCUGCUGUCGGGGCUGUACAAGUACGUGUUCCAGAAGGACGAGUACUGCAUCCUGAUCCUGGGCCUGGACAAUGCUGGGAAGACGACCUUCUUGGAGCAGUCAAAAACCCGGUUUAACAAGGACUACAGGGGCAUGAGUCUCUCCAAAAUCACCACCACCGUGGGACUAAAUAUCGGCACUGUGGACGUGGGGAAGGCUCGCCUCAUGUUCUGGGACUUAGGAGGGCAGGAAGAGCUGCAGUCUCUGUGGGACAAGGUGAGACAGAUGCCACAUAACACCUGCCCCUCGGGCCAUGUCUCUCCAGGCAGCAUCCGUGGCGUCUUCCUCCCUUUUCUCAUAAGGCCUCAGACCACCUCCUCUUCUGGUCAGCAAUUCCGUCACCCCCUGUUCACUCCCCUGAGUGACGACAUACUCAGUUCCUUUGAGCUUAGAGAAUUUGUUGCUAAUGAACACCGGACGAGACUGACGACGGCCGAGAACAUACGUGGGGAAGGCACAGCCUGGUGCCAGCGUCACCACCAGACGGCGUUCAGUGACUGCACCUCCAAGAUCGGCCGUCGGGACUGCCUGACCCAGGCCUGCUCGGCCCUCACAGGCAACGGAGUGCGCGAGGGCAUCGAGUGGAUGGUGAAGUGCGUCGUGCGGAACGUGCGCCGGCCGCCGAGACACCGGGACAUCACAUAGGCGCAGCCCGCGCCCAGCAGUGGGGCUCCUGCGGCUUCCAGCCACUGCUCUGGGGUGGGAUUGGCUUCGCCUUGUUUCUUAAACUUUUCUCUGCACCCAGAGGCUUCUGCAGAACGCUGGGGGCAGCGGGCCUCGGGGAGCGGCCUCUCCGCCUGGGGCGGGGCCUGAGGGGGACCCGAGGGAAAGUGGGCUUUUCCGGAGCUGGGGAGCAUGGAGGCGGCUGGUGGGGCUGUGGCUGUGCUCUGAUCCUGGAGUGGGCUGGGAGCUGGUGUCACUUUGAGAGAGACCUGGCUUCUGAUGCAGCCUCAGGAUGGGGCAAGAGGAGGUCUUCCUGGGAGGCCAUGUGUCACCACAGUUUGUCCCCAGCUGGGAGGUCAUGCUGGCAGUGGGAGUCUCCUUAAGCAUGCCUACCACCUACCUGAGACAGCCACGGCUGCCAGUUUGGGUGCACCAGUGGGGGUUGUGACCUAGGCAUGGGGGUGUUGGGAAGACUGGCCGAGUCCCCGUCCAGGCCUGUGCCCAUGUGCAGUGUCCCUCCACGCAAGGCUGGUCCUUGGGACCUGCCCCAAAUGGCCCGGGCUGGAGUUGGCCACACCCAUUAGGCCUGGCCGUGGGUGAGCCUGUGCAAAAGGAGGCUGGGCCGUGUGGCUCCUGUCCGUUGUCCCUCCAGGUGCCCGAGGCUGGGUUGUGGACGACUGGUGGUACAGUGACCACAGCACAAGGGGCUCCCAGGCUGGCCCAUGACAGUCCAGACACUGCCUUCCCGCAUCGGUGGGAAUGGCCUGGCCACAGCCAAAGACCUGGUGGCUUGGUGUCCUCGAGUCAGGUUCCUCCAGAUUGCCCUCCCUCGCCAGUGGGGGCCUGAGUGGAGUUGCUGGGAAAAGGGAUGAGUCCGGUAGGGGUGGGACCCAGUUGCAGGU